AGUACACAAACGACGCUACUGAAAAAUCAGCUGGUUUCUAGUUUGUGUUCCAGACUCAAACGUGAUUCUAACCUCUCCGGCUUAUUUUUUAAGGCCAAAUAAUUUGUAAUAUAUCAAUGUAACGAUAAUGUUGCAUAACAGCAGAAGAGCGACCCGUUCUUUGUUGUCGAAAUACGUUAUUUUAUCGUCCUACGACUCAACAAAUUGUGUCAAUAAUUUUCGAGUCGAGACAAUCGCCAAAAAAAUUUCCAAGUUUUACAGUCAAGAUGCUGCACAAGCAAAAUUUGAGGCCACCAACGAUGUAUUGCCAGUUAACAAGUUUGUCAAAAGAAGUCACACUUGUGGUGAACUCUGCGCAUCAAAUGUGGGAAUGGAAGUGCAACUGUGUGGCUGGAUGGAAUAUCAGAGAAUGGGAAAAUUUAUUACUCUAAGAGACGCUUAUGGGUCUACCCAGUUAAUUAUCCCAAUAGAAAAACAAGAAAUUACAGAUGUGAUAAAAAAACUCACAUUUGAAAGUGUGUUGUGUGUCACUGGCCGUGUUGUACCAAGACCUCCAGGCAUGGAAAAUAAAAAUAUGAAAACUGGAUCAAUUGAAGUACAGGUCGAAUCACUCGAAGUUCUGAACAAGUCCUUGCCUCAGCUUCCUUUCAACAUAAGACAUUUCAAUGUCGCAAAAGAAUCCCUACAGAUGCAAUAUCGUUAUCUCACUCUACGUUUUCCAGACAUGCAAAGAAAUCUACGAAUGAGAUCUCGAGUUACAAACAAAAUGCGAGAAUAUCUGGUGGAUCAUUGUGGUUUUAUUGAUGUAGAAACACCAACGCUCUUCCGAAGAACUCCUGGAGGAGCCCAAGAGUUUAUUGUUCCCACUCAGCAUCGUGGGAAAUUUUAUUCGCUGGUGCAGAGUCCUCAGCAGUUCAAACAAUUAUUGAUGAUCGGCGGUAUUGACAAAUAUUUCCAAAUUGCACGCUGCUACAGAGACGAAGGCGCGAGAAAUGACCGUCAACCUGAAUUCACACAACUUGAUAUAGAAAUGUCUUUUUGUGAUCGUGAAAGUAUUAUGAGCCUCGUUGAAGGGUUAGUAUCAUAUUGUUGGCCUUCAGAUGAAUUCGAACCAGUUAAAUUACCAAUUCCCCAAAUCACCUUCGAAGAAGCAUACGAAAUUUAUGGCUCUGAACAACCGGACCUGAGAAUACCUUAUAGAAUUCACAAUGUCACAGAAUUUUUCAAUGAUACUGCAAACGACCCUGAUUACCAAACUUAUGCCAUGUCAUUUCCAUCUGCUAAGGCUCAUUUAACAACUUCGACGAAAAAGAAACUGUGUCAGAUCAGAGACCAAAAUUUCACCAAAGUUAAUCUCAUAGACAUGAAAAUCGUGGGUGAUACGUGGAAAACGAAACUGGAUAAAUUAAUGUCGAACGAGGGAGUCCUGCAACUGGAAAAAACAUUAAAUAUAAAAAAUGAUGAUGUUCUGUUCAUUACAAGAGGGAAGAAACAGGAUGCGAGAACUUUAUUAGGAAAAAUUCGUCACGAAUUUGCCAAUGUAAUGGAAAGCAACGGUCACGAAGUACGUUCGAAAAGUUUCGAAUUUUUGUGGGUUCUCGAUUUUCCAUUAUUUUACAAAGAUGACGAUGGAAAUCUUGGAUCUACGCAUCAUCCAUUCACACAACCGCAUCCUGAAGAUUUCCACCUUCUCGAAACUGAUCCUCUGAAGGUUCGUGGUUUGCAUUACGAUUUAGUUUUGAAUGGUUCUGAAAUCGCAGGAGGUUCGAUAAGAAUCCAUAACGCCGAUUUUCAAAAGCGUAUAUUGGAAAUGUUGCAAAUCGAUCAAUCACAGAUGAAGCAUUUGACAGAUGCAUUGGCGAGUGGAGCGCCCCCUCACGGCGGAAUAGCUUUCGGAUUGGACCGCCUGAUUUCGCUAAUCUGUGGUACACCGAGCAUACGAAACGUAAUCGCGUUUCCAAAAACGAUGGAAGGACGUGAUUUGAUGUCGGGAGCCCCGGUCGAGAUAUCCAACGAAGAGAAACGUUUAUACCAUUUGUAAACGUUAUAACUGAAAAUUAAAUGCCCAAGUCCGCGACGAAGGAAGAAGAAUCGAGAGACGUAUCGUCAAAAUAUUUGCUCCGAGAGUCCGUCACAUUGAAGAGUUGAAAAAACAGGUACG